AUGAGCUCAAUCUCUGUAUCGAAAACUGCCGCAAUCUUCUUCUUCUUCGUGGCUCUGUCUUCGUAUGUUUCCGGGAAGAAGUCUGGCGAUGUAACAGAGUUACAGAUUGGCGUCAAGCACAAACCAGAGACUUGUGAGAUUCAGGCUCAUAAAGGGGACAAGAUCAAAGUACACUACCGGGGAAAGCUCACCGAUGGCACUGUCUUCGACUCCAGCUUUGAAAGGGGCGAUCCCAUUGAAUUUGAGCUUAGCAGUGGUCAAGUUAUCAAAGGAUGGGACCAAGGACUACUGGGAAUGUGUGUAGGUGAGAAGAGGAAGUUGAAAAUUCCAUCAAAGCUCGGCUAUGGUGACCAGGGUUCUCCCCCUACCAUUCCAGGUGGAGCAACAUUGAUAUUUGACACAGAACUUGUUGCAGUGAACGGGAAGACAAAGAGUGGAGAGACUGCAUCUCCAAAAGAUAGUGAGCUAUAA